AAUACCGCAAUGAUUUUUGAUCAACAGGCGGCUAACAGCAGAUGUCCAACAGGAGUGGGCGGGGCUUAACAUGUAGACACAACAAACGAGUUAGCUGCUUCCCAGCAGUAACUUUUGUCUCGUUAACAAAGAUUAACUUUGUUUGCUUCAGUCGGUGUCUAUGUGGGCUGAACAUACACCUCGAUGUCUCCAUAGCGUACAGAACGCAAUAUGCGAUGUUAUCUGCGUGCAUUUCUCCUGUGCACGGCGUUCGCCUUCGUGUCGUUGCUCUACGUGUUCACCCUGGAGGACAGCCAGGGGAGGGGCUUCGGCGAGCUGACGAUACCAGACGGAGGGAGUCACGACGGGGGGAACGUUGUCAGGAAAAGCCCUGGUUUGGCAGGCCGCGAGCCGCCGGCCGAGGUUGACAGGUGUAAAUCACAGUCAGUUUCUCACUGGGAUCCAUAUUGGAGACCGCCUGCUGAUGUUUGUGGACUCAACUGCUUUUUGGAAUCGUCAUUUAGAGACAGGGCAGGCUCCAAAGACGAGAAGCGUGGUGAUGAGAGCAGUCACCUGGCCGUGGUGGCCUGUGGGCCCAGGCUGGAGGAGACGCUCACCAUGCUGAAGUCUGCCGUCAUGUUCAGCAAAAAGCCUGUGAAAUUUUACAUCUUUGCCGAAGACCAGCUUCACCACAGCUUCAGAGAUGCGCUGCACUCCUGGCCUGGAUAUGUUCACACCAGGUUUAACUUCACCAUCUACCCCAUCACUUUCCCUACGGAGAACGAGAACGAGUGGAAGAAACUUUUCAAACCCUGCGCCUCUCAAAGGCUCUUCUUGCCACUGAUCCUGAAGGAGGUGGACUCCUUGCUGUACGUGGACACAGAUGUCCUCUUUCUGCAGCCUGUGGAGGACAUCUGGGCCCUCCUUGCUCAGUUCAAUGCAAGUCAGCUGGCCGCCAUGGCUCCAGAGCACGAGGAGCCGCGUAUUGGCUGGUACAAUCGCUUCGCCCGCCACCCCUACUACGGCCAGACCGGUGUCAACUCAGGGGUUAUGCUCAUGAACAUGACACGCCUCAGGGAAACUUUUUUUAAGAAUGACAUGACCAGCAUUGCACUUAAGUGGAGUGAAAUGCUGAUGCCUCUCCUUCACAAGUACAAACUCAACAUCACCUGGGGCGACCAGGACCUUCUUAACAUCAUAUUUCACCAUAACCCGGAAAGCCUCUAUGUGUUCCCCUGCCAGUGGAACUACCGUCCAGACCACUGUGUGUAUGGCAGCAACUGUCAGCAGGCGGAGGAGGAGGGCGUCUUCAUUCUUCAUGGUAACAGGGGGGUGUACCACAACGAAAAGCAGCCGGCCUUUAGAGCCGUCUACGAGGCCAUCAAACAGUUCUCCUUUGGCGACAACAUGGAAAGCUCACUGCUUCAGCCGCUGGAAGCAUCUCUGCAGACCACGGGCCAUUCCUACUGUGGACGGGUGAGCCACCUGUUCACCAAGAGACUGAAACAAAGGAUAGCAUCACGCCAUACGGACAAGAUGAGCACUCUAAAGUUAGAGCUGGGAAUCACAGAGUAACUCGCAACACCACCUGGGUUGUAGCUCUAGAACCCUCCCCCUUCUCUCUUCAAUUAUUCACUGGCGACACAAUCCAGGUUUCAUCCCCAAAUACGCUUCACACACUUCUUAAGCACAUUUACAGUAUAAAAUGUAUACACACUCACCACUAAUCAAUCAUAAUGGAAGAUGAGCCGUCAAUACAUGCAAUCAGAGGCACGGUGUAGCCUUUAGCCUGGUCAUCAGGCUGGCAUGCCACCAUGCUUACAUCUGGUGUGAGGCCCUCCGAAGCAGCUAGCGGUGCUCUGCAGGUCGCCAGGUCAUCCAAGCGACAUGUACAUAAUCCUGUUGGAAGCACGUACCAUCCAGUAUUCACCAGAAUGUUCACCUCACUGCAACCUUUAAGAAUGUUUACUGUACAAGCUCAUCUUGCUGAAGGGCGCCAACGUCGUUUUGCACUCACGCCACUUAUGUAUAUUUAUGCUAUGUAAGCUUUAUAUUUUAUGCUUUAUUUAUAAGUUGGGGUGAUUGAGAUGUGUUUUCUGCCUAUUUGGGGAGAACAAAAUGGAAAAUGGCCUUUUUGCCUGUUAACAAUACAAACAAAUGAAAGAAAUAAUAAUUUGUCAACUUAACAUGGGGUGGAUGUCACAGGUUAUGAUCAAGUUCAACAGCAGCAGGUUUCCUGAUUGCCAGGCCUGUGCCCAUAACCGUUAUAGUCUGGCAAAUGAUUACCGAUGAACAAUAUUAUUGUCCACAUUAUUUUGAGACCAUUUCUUCAUUCAUGUAAUUAGAGAUGCAUAUUUUUUACAGAUUUUCAAGGCUGAUAUACCAAUAACUGAUGACUUUAAAAUGUAGAUGUAAGUGUAGUUAGUGCACACGUGGAGGUCAGAAGGACUGGAACAACUAAUGAAAUAUGACAUCACUACUACCAGGAGAACCAGAGUAUAGAGGGAGAGGAGCCACCUUCUGUGGCCUAGCAAGGUGCACUGUAUUCAGGCACACACUCCCAGCAGCGAGCGUGACGCCAUGGAGGUCUCUGGCCAAGGUUUUGCACUUUUCAAACGUUUCAGGUGGCUGAUAAGGUUUUUUGUGUGCUUGAUGUUUGUUGUUCCCCUCAUUGCGGCGUGUUUGGUACAACUAGCACACCAAGUGUCUUCCUCUGAAAGUGACUGUUUGUUUACAUGGGGAAGUUACGAUAGGCUGUUAAGGCCACAGGCAGACAGGAGAAAAAAGUUGUUCAUCCACAAAGUAUGGGUAAUCUCGCCUCAUUGGAGCAUUUUUUUAAAUGAUCAGUUAACGGAGGUACUUUUAAUGUUAUUGGAUUCAUCAGUAGGACGUCCUAAUUCCCUCGUAUCAGUAUGUCCAUGAUGCACUUCCUUUUGAUGUAUUGAUGAUGGUGACAGGCCUACUGAUUGCUGAUCAUAUGAUCAAUGCAUUGCUUCGGUAUUUGAUUCAUCACAUAUGCGAGUUCAGUGCAGUGUAUUAAUGGUUUAUUGAUAUUUGUCCACUCUUGGAGGAUAAUAACUUAUUGUGUUGAAAUGGAGACUUUUAGAAGUGAAUAACGCAUCAGAAGGACUGCCUCAAUGUCAAGCAAUCACUUUUACUUCUGUAGUGGCAAACCCCAACAGCAGUUGUCUCAUGGCACUUUACACGUGGAGGUCGCACUCACAAAUGAAAACACAACCAACCGAAACCCCACAUGAGCAUGCACUUGUCCACGGAGGCAAGGAAAAACUCCCUCUGGGGAAGAAACCCAGGGUGUGCGGGGCGGCCAUCUGUCUCAACGGGUUGAGUAUUUGAAACCCUAACCCGAAGACAGAGUCAAUUUGUCUAACGAUGCAUAGUAUCUUUUUUUUUUUUUUUUUACACAUUGCCAUUAAGGCUUUUUACUGCUAUUACAACAUUGGUUCUAUUGCUGCUGUGUUGUGUAGUGUACUUGUUCAUGAAUGAGCAUGAGGUAAAAGAGAGAGAGGCUUUGCUUUCUACUUUCUCAUGCACGCCACAUCAUUCUAAAUAGCAGGCAGGUAAUAAGUGGAUAUAAUGUUUGGCAUUUAUGGUAUGCUAGAACGGUCCAGCACUGUUUACUGCUUUACUGUGUGUAAAUUGGGAUGCUAGUGCUUCAUUGUUCAUGUUUUGGAGUGCAGCUUGUUCUAAAAUACUACCAUCACUCCCUUUUUUCAUUUCCCCCCAGCAUGGUAGAAAACACACUGUGUUGACGUUGCCGCUGGCACGGCACAUAUCAUAGAUUGACAAGGUGUAAGUAAUUUGAGUGUGUGAGUCAAUUCACACCUCCGGACAAUGUAGCACCUCCAACAAAGCCAACAUGCAUGUUUUUGGGGGAGAACCUGUGCAUGCACGGGGAGAACAUGUGAACUCCUCACAGAGAUGGUCCAACAGAGAUUCCAACCCAGACCUAGCUGUGUGGCCAACAUGCUGACCACUAGGCCAACAUGUUAGCUUCAUGGGGGACACUACAUUGUCCGUAGGUGUGAAUGUGGGUGUGUCUAUAUGUGCCCUGCCAUUGGCUGGCCACCAGUCUAGGAUGUAUCCUGCCUCUUGCACGAAAUCAGCUGGGAUAGGCUCCAGCAUACCCCACAGCCCUAGUGAGGACAAGUGGCAUAGAAGAUGGAUGGAGAUCAACGCUUUCUCCAUCACAUUGCAGACUUUGUCUUUGUUUUUGUCUUUCAUUUGUUUAUAAAUGACGUGUGGUUGAAAUGUGAGUGUAUGAUGGGCGGUGCUUUAAUGGCUUUAUGAUUGCAUCCACGUUGCUUCUCUUCCUUCUCAAGAGGAGUUGUCUUUCCCACUUUGUUACUCGCGAGUCCCUGGAGUCCUCCACCCUCACGCUGGAGGUCAUUUCAUUGUGUUUUGUACACAUCCCUCCUUGCCUGGCAUUUCCUAAUCACUCUAUCGCUUGUGCACACACACACACUUUGCUUCAUUGACUGUGAUUGUAAUUGUCUCCCCCCCCCAGUCUGACAGCCGCCGUCACAUGAUGGAUCUCACAGAACCUCCAUCGGUGACACGCUAAAGGGUGAUCUCUACAAACUUUGAAAAAGCUUCACCGGCCAAAGACAACUGCUCCUCCAUGCGACUUGCCAGCAUUUCCUUCAACGUUUGUUUGCUUUGUUGGCUUCCUUCAAGGUGUACCAUUUUCUAUACCGCCUCUCCUCAUUAGGGUCCUGGGGGCAUGCUGGAGCCUAUCCCAGCUGAUGGGGGACAGGCGGGGUACACCCUGGACUGGUGUCCAGCCUCCAGGCUGUUACUGUGUUGGGCAACAUGCUAACCACUAGACCACCGUGCAGCCCCUUGAAAAAGUCAUGAUUACUCAUUGCACCUCUAAAAAGUAACGUACCAGCAUAUCCCCACCCCCCUGCUGAGGACAAGCGGCAUCGAAGAUGAAUGAAUGAAUGUUAGGGACUGCUGGAAGUGGAGGGAAGUAGACGGUUAUGUCAAAUUAUGUGGGAUCACUUUAAGCUCCCAUGUUUGGUCAAAGUGUUACAUGUUUCAUCGCUUGGUGCACCGUGUGGAACCCAAUCAAGAAAGCCACCAAAGUGUUUUGAGUCUCUUGCUAUUUCAGUGUUGGGAGUCUCUUGCCCAAAGCCACCAUGUUCCAGUGUUGUUGCCCCCCCACUUGAAACAUAUAUGACUUACAGUCUGAAAAUGAAAUUCCUUUGUGUCCAUAAAACAGAAGUAAUCAAUAAAGAAGAUGACUUGAUAAUGGAGCAGCUGUCAUGGUCUCGCCGAUAGCAGAUGGAUGAGUUGGUCGGAGACAUUGUUCACCAUCGCUGGACAAUAAGUUGAUUUCAAUAAAGGAGGUGGGGGCUUUUGUUGCUGUAGGGUACCACUGGACUUUGUUUCAUUACCAGUCUGCUGCAUGAAUGGACAUCCUUCUACCUUCCAUCUCUUCCCUCUGCCUUUCUCGGAAACCACAACCUCAGCCUUCACACAAACUCUAAAGUCCUUGUGACGAGCGGUCGCGUAGAGCCAGGCUAUGUGCAAAAAACAUAAACACACGGAGGGUGCGCAUGGAUGUGCUGAUUUUGGAGCCGUAGACCGGCCACAGAACCACAGGUUCUUUGUCAUGUCAAACAUUCCCCUACGGGCACUUACGUUUUUUUCAGGUUACAAGACAAACUUACGUACGUCUUGGUGCGUCGUCUGUGUGGCCAACGUGUGUCUUUCCUACAUUUUGCUGAUCAAUUUCUUUGUACGUCCUACUUGCAGUAUGUGCGUCUUGCAUCACAUGUGCACCCCACAUACGUAAUUCGUGCAGCCAACGCACGUUCAGAUAUUUCUUACGUGUUCCAUGCAUGGGGAGUAAGUGGGUGGUGUGUUGCCUGUAAAACUGGGCCAUAUAAAGCUGCAGGGCUUUGUUUUUAUAUGCUUUAUUGCAGGGGUCGGCAACCCAUCGAUGGUGAGCUACUAGUCGAUCUUUGGGAGAUUGCCGGUCGAGCGUGAAAACAAUUUUAAAAAAUGUAUUAUCACAUCCGUGCCCUCACCUCCCAGACAGCGACCAACAGGCACACAUUUUGUCAGCUGAACAUGCCCGCACGCCUCGCUGCUAUUCAGGCAGCACCCUGCAAGCACCAGCAAUGAGCCCAGUACCCAAAACCCGGCCGGACGUACACUUGCUGAGGGAAAGAAAAAGGAGACACAACAUGUCCAGAGAGCGCUCUCAACCUGUGGGUACCCACGGUGGGUUUUUAACAAAUGUCAAAAGAAGAGAGUAGGGAAAGAAACCCAAAAGCCCACAGAAGCAAAAAGGAGAGGAGUGGUAGUCCCUUAUGUAGCGGGGGUCUCCGAAAAACUCCAGAGGAUCUUAUGGCAACACAAAAUUCCUACCUAUUUCAAACCAGUAAAUACCCUGAGACAAAAACUAGUGCAUUCUAAAGACAAGACUCCAAACCAGAAACAAAGCAAUGUGGUCUAUUCCAUCCACUGUAAAGAUGAGGAAUGCAAAGAGCACCACAUUGGGGAAACUAAGCAAAUGCUCCAAAAAAGGCUUUAUCAACAUCGCAGGGACAAUUCUAGUGGUCCUCAAUCAGCAGUACAUCUACACCUUAAAGCAACCAAUCACUCUUUUCAGGACAGCGAGGUAAAGAUUUUGGCCAAAGAAAACAGAUGGUUUGAAAGAGGAGUAAAGGAAGCGAUUUUUGUCAAACAACAGAACCCAUCAUUGAAUCGGAAUGGUGGUUUGAGGUUUAAUUUGGACCCUGUGUUCAGCAGGUUACUGAGACCAAAACCCACAGCUCUUAGUCUUGCAAAUGAGGUGAAGGCAGGGCCGAGCCAGAACAAUAGAUGCUAACAAGCCAGUAUCAGAGUCGUUCAUACCCAAUUCAGGGAGCGACACUUCCCUUUUAUCAGAGGUGUUAAUAGCAGGAGAGGAUUAUACCACUACUCCGCCCAGGCUUAGUGUAAGGAACCAAUAGGAGGAGGGUGUUGGCACACCAAUUCCGCCCACUCUUACUGUCUUUAAGGCCAAAGCUACCAGCACUUAUUAGUUCGCUGACGAAGCUCUUCGGAUGAGGAGCGAAACGUCCGACACCUUCUUCACAGAAGUACAGAUGACGUCUCAAGAAGCCUUUUCCUCGAUGGACAACUCCUGUACGACGGAGAGCCUACACAGACAUACUUAAGCCAAUACUGGUACCAGGUAGCGCUUCUGCUAACUUCCACAUUGGAGAUAAGUGAAGGACUGAUGAUGAGCCUGAUGUUAACAACACACAAACUUUACGUUUACCUCAGAAAAGGUGCAAAGUGAAGUUUGUGAUGUAAAAGUUGUUUGAGUUAAGAAGACUGAUGGAUUUGGUAGAACUAAAACAGCUCAUGUGUGUGACGCCCCGUCGAUCGUACAACAUCGGUUGUGUUGCUCCUGUGUUGUGCAACAUACACCUGGUCCUUUCCAUUUUCUCAUGCAUGCCAAAUCAUUGUUACAUUUCAAAAAUGAACUUGAGUUUUCACAUGUGGGAAAUGACAGCCUCCAAAUAUUGCCUACUUCCAAUGGAAGCCACAUCCUCUUUGUGCUGUGGCCACAUAAACACCCUGACUGCAAAGACAGCAUCCAUGGCAUUAUUUCACCUCUGAAGGUUCCUUCAUGUCGUAAUAAUGACUAAUCCAUGAAAGCUGAGAUGCCAUCCUCACAUAACCCCGAAGAUGACAGACAUCAACCAUUCCACCUCUUACAUCAUAAUCAUCAAAAAAAUCAUAGAUAACAUUUAUAAGCCGCCUUUGCAGACUCAUUUCAUACGCAUACGUAUGUUUCAGGAGCUGUGGGAUGGCAGCAAAGUGAGAUGAUGCGCUGUCGUCAGACUUGCCUGCCGUCAGAAGCGCAACACCAAGAAGUCUCAUUAGCGCUCGUGGCAGCCAAACGCUGCUAAUCAUUGCUUAACACGCAAACAUCAGAAAAAAACCCAGUCAUUUGCAUUUAGAUUGUCUUUUCAUAAUAAAGUGUGCCUGGAAGGAGGGGAAAAAAGAUCACGCUUGGAUGAAGAAACCAUCGGAGGAGCUUCUCUGUGUCUGCAAACACAGCAGAAGGAACAAUCCACGCAAUGUUACAACAUUCUAGUCUCACUUUUAUUCAUCUCCAGAAUUUUGCUGUGAAUCUGCCUCCUCAAAAGCUGUGUAGACCAGUGCUCACCAGCCUUUUUCCCUGAUCUCAGCCAUGAACCCGCAAGAGGCGGGACUGGGUACACCCUGGGCUGGUGUCCAGCCAAUGGCAGGGCACAUAUAGACAAACACUCACAUUCAUACCUAUGGACCAUUUAGAGUCUCCAAUGAAGCUAACAUGCAUGUUUUUGGAAUGUGGGAGGAAACCCUCACACGCACGGGGAGAACAUGCAAACUCAACGGAGAUUCCAACCCUGAUCUUCCUCAUCUCCUGACUGUGUGGCCAACAUGCUAACCAUAUACGUAUACUGUAUGGUGUAUACAGUAUACAUACAGUAUAUACCAUAUGUACUGUAUAUGCUGGAUGUAUACUGUGUGUGUGUGUGUGUGUAUGAACAGAGUGAAGCCUUUUCUCUUUGUCUGGGUGGGUGGAGGGGGGGCUGCUAGUAGCAUACACACAGAGUGCACAGAGUGUAACAAAGUAGAAAUUCUGAGUAGAUUGCAAUAUAUUGUCAUGUAUUUUUUAUUGUACUUUUCUUAAGUACAAAAGUCAUGUUGAAAUAAGUAAGUCAUGUUAAAAUGGCGUUCUCGUAGACCCAUUCUGGUGUAUGGUGUCGUCCCGUGAACCCAGUGUCUGGUGACACGCCUGUUAUGUGUGCUAUACGGGUCUUCAAGCAUAAAAAUGAUGGCCGUAUCUUCAAGUUCUCAUCAUAACUCCUCCUGCGUUGCUUGCUCAGAAGCUAAGAAGCUUUGAGGCCCUUUUGCUCGUCUUUGUGUCUGUCGCUGCCGCAACUCUCCAGGUCACUGGUGUGUGUGAGUGACAGGAAGAAAAGCUUACUUGGGGGUAGAUAGCAUGUAUAAACUCGUCCAUGUUUUGUAGUCAAUACAGAGCAGUGUGAAGGAAAGGUGUGUGGUUCUCCCUGUAAAGGUGGCCUUUGCGUGCGUCUGCCUCUCCAUAUUGUAUUGAUAAGACUUUUAUUUUCAUAAGCUGUUUUAAUAUUUCUCUCACUGGCUUUGUGCCUCCAUGGCCGUGUGAUGUGAGCGUUAUUGCUGUCUGCUUAGGCUGUGAUAUUGGAGUCAUAUUUGCUGCUGAAAUGAAAUCAAGAAAGCAGCAUUCGCGGACGCUGAGCCUGGUGAAUAUGAAUAGACAGGUUGAAUGCUAGCGUGGUGCUAUCUGUGUCUACGACUGACAGCGUAUCUCCCCCAUCAAAUAUCCUCAUUACUUUCUGCACAUUCACCCCCACCCCCCCAUUCCUAUCCUCACUGUGCUCCUGUAAUAUUUCUCUUCCAUUCAUUCACUGCCCACAAAGCCGUUUCAGAGGCCCGGCUGAUGGGAUAAUGGUGGCGUAAUAAAGCGCACAGCGGCGUCUCUGCGUGGAGUUUGUUGAGCAGCGUGAGUGCUCCCUUCGGGGAAUAUUUACAGACAAUACCUUCUGUUAUCCCAUGAAGGCACACCUUUUUCCUAGUUUGGCUCCUCCUGCAACGUAUGCAUCAAUAGAGGAUAAAGUUGGGCUGGCACAAGACCUCCUGAGAUGAAAAUAUGACAAGAUUGCUUGUUCAGGGCACCAUAAAGCUGACAUCCAUCAUGGACAACACCUCUCACCCGCUACAUGACACUGUGGGUUCCCUUAGCAGCUCCUUCAGCAGCAGACUGUUACACCCACGGUGUAAGAAGGAGAGGUUCCGCAGGUCCUUCAUACCGACCGCUGUCAGGCUCUACAACACCUGCACCAUAUUGUAUUCACUAUGUCACUAUGCAUUCUUGUGUAUCUGGCUUGCUGCUGUAACAGGUGAAUUUCCCUGCUAUGGGAUUAAUAAAGUACUACUACUACUUCAUACAUCUAAAAAUACAUCAGAAAGUCCAUAUAUUAAAAACUAAUCCAAAAACUAGUGAACUUACAUGCAAGUUGCGCACGGCACAUUUUUGACCUUGUAUGGGAAAUAAUAGGCGGUGACCUAUGCAAAUUAGGGCUCACAUGCACGGGCAUCGCAGUUGGCAUUCAUCAACCUAAGAACACCAGUGCCAACGAUUAUCCCUACUUAAGAACGUGUCGUGAAUGUGGCGCAGUUUCCAUCCCGCGCCUUCUUAAGUACACUUCUUAAGAAGACUCUUAAGAAGAUGUUCGUGAAUGAGGAGCAAUGUGUUUAUUUGCCGCAUGCAUUCCAUUUCACCACACCAUCAACCCCAUAAUGCACAGCAAAGCUGACACGGAGAUGUCAUAUGGAAGCGUUGGGAAAACACCAUUGCCACAUGCAUGAGGUCCCCCGACUUCGCGGACAUGACGGCUUGCCAGCGUUAUCACUUUAUUUUUGUGUUGUUUUUAUCCGCUUUGUGUUUGGUAGAGAAGAUCAUCUUAUACAAACGUAGUCCAUUGAAGAAAUACAUAUUUCAUGUGCUUCUUUUAGCAUUAAGACACUACAGUAUAGACCGGUGGUGUCCAAAGUGUGGCCUGGGGGCCAUCUGUGGCACACAGCAAAACCAAAAAUAUCAUUUAAAAAGAAGUCUAAAAACAACAAUAGCAAAAAUGGAAUAUAAAGGAGAAACACGAAUAACAUUGUAAUAUUUUGAGGAAAAUAAAGUACUACUAUUAUGAGAAACAAACAAAACUCUAAAUAAAGUUGUCAUAUUUAGGCAAUUAGAUUGGGGAUAAAGGUCUAAUAUGAUGGGAAUACAGUGUAAAUAUUAUGGAAAUACUGUAAAGACUAUGUAUUAUGGGAAUAAAGUUUUAAUAUUAUGUGAAUAAAGUCAUAAUAUUGUGGGAAUAAAUUCAUAAUAUUAUGUGAAUAAAGUUGUCAGGAUUGUGUGCUGCGGUACUGCCAUCUACUGUUUCUCUGUUGCAGCACACUCCUGAGCACCUUAAUGAGCUGAUGGUCUACACCUGCCACUGAUUAGUUGUUCUAUUUAAGCUGUGUGCAAUGCUAGGUUCAGUGCCAGAUUGUCCCUUUGCUACACCCUGUUCAGCUCCUUCCAGCUUGUUCUUGUGCAUUGUGUUUUGGCUUUCUGACCCACGCUCGGCUCACCUGUAAGUACCUACCUACCUGCUUGACGUUCUCAGCAGUAGCUGUAUUUUCGGUACUUCUGCUUGUUUUUUGAUAGCAGCUCUUUUCGUUACUUGUCUGUAUUUUUCCCUGCUCAGCUCACCUUGCUAGCAGUGUUUUUUGUUACUAUUCCCGCGACUAGGUCCGGAGGUAUUUUUGUUGUACUUUGUUUCUUGUGUUGUUUUUGUACCUUUUUGUUAUCCAUUUUUGUAUUAAAGACCU